AUGCCGUUCAAGCCUGUCGAGCACGCCAAGUGUCCGAAAUGCGGAAAAUCAGUGUACGCUGCUGAAGAGAUGGUCGCUGGAGGAUACAAAUGGCACAAAUUCUGCUUCAAAUGCAACAUGUGCAACAAAUUACUGGAUUCGUGCACUGUAGCUCCGCAUGAUGCUGAACUGUACUGCAAACAGUGCCAUGGAAGGAAGUAUGGGCCAAAAGGAGUCGGUUUCGGUCUUGGAGCUGGCUGCUUAACCACCGACUCGGGGGAGAAGUUCGGAGGAGUCAGAGAAACCAACCGACCGAUGACUGCAGAAGCCUUCACGGCGCCUAUCAAUCCUUCGCACAGCUAG